CUUUUGGCGAUGCAUUCGUGUCGUCGCCAUCCGCCAGCAGCGGCCCUUUUGCCUCGGUCAGACUCUCAGCGAGCAGGUCCUUGAGCGACCCGCGCGUGAAGCUGAUGCACUGACGCAUGGGGUCAUCGUCCACACAUGCGCCGCCGCGAGGACUCAAGGGGGCGGGAGAAGGAACGCAGUCCUCCUGGGAUGCGCUGCAGCCCUGCAACAUCCCCAGUGGAUUCGGUCCGCGAGUGAAGGCGUCCCGCGGCGACUGGAGUCGAGCCAUUGUGCUACUGCUGAUCGGUG